GGAAUCACAUAGAGUUGUGAUAGUGUCGUUGGAAGCUUUGUUGACUUUGAGAUAUUUCUACCUGGCAGGUUUAAGAUUGACCAAAAAAGCAUAGUAACUUUUGGCGAAUGGGUUUAUCUGACUUCUCAGAAAAUUGUAGACUCAAAACCGUAGCCUCGAUUGUUGGAGAAAAAGUAGAAAUGGGGAGAAGUCUUUAACGUUGCGCAGAUAUUACACAGCUGGUUAUUCCUAAAAAGUUCACCUAUGAUUUUUCAGUAGAACGACUUGCAGGCAAAAUCUCCAGAAUUUUGUUGUGACGAGAGUUUAUUAAGAAGUGGCAUAGUCUCAUUGAAGGUUUUGGUGAAAAUAGUUUCAACUUUCGACCCAAGCAGAUUGUUCUCUCAGCCGCAGGUGGUCUAGAGAAGAGCAUAGAUCUGUACCUCACCCCGAUGUUUUCAAGUAUUGUAGGGUUCCCCUUCAAUGAGAUGCCCAGUUUUAAUGCAUGCAUCAAGCUAUGAUUCUUUGAAUGGCGCGCCUCUUCAAAAAUAUUAUAUAUUUUGACCUGAAAACGAGGAAAUACAAAAAACAUUUGGCUCGACUUUUUUUGGUUUUACACGAAAAUGGAAGUGAUGAGUACAAUAAGAAACUGUUCUCUUUUUAUAUCAAUCUCUCUGUUAACUUUGGUAGUUUUCUUGCAGAAUUCUUAUCGCUUGCUCGCAAUAUCGUGAAUUUGAAGAUAAGUUUACCGAUUCGGAAGAGUUUGAACUGCGGCAAAAAUUUAAAUAAUUAUCCAACUCUUCUUUGUCAAUAUUUGCCAGAUUUUGUUCAACUUACAGAAUUGGUUCCUAGAAUAAUAGCGCGAAUAAUAGCAUCACGACAACCAGAUGCCAAUUUUGAGCAAUUGACUGGAGUUUUUAGAAAUUAUGACUACCCAGAAAUCAAACAGAAAUAUAAAGAUUACGUCGACUUGUUGAAAGACAAAGCUGAGUUUUAUCGAUUGCGUCGUCAGUUGUUUCUUGAAGGAUAUCCUAUGGAACUGUAUGUAUGUGAUGGUGCCUAUCGUGAGCGUGGUCUGUUCAUUACUAUGAAGAACGGACUCUUACGUUUUUACAACAGCAUGGCACGUAACAUUCUUUUUGACACUUUUUCAACUGUUUUUUCAGUUAAGAUCAUCUUAUUGAACUAUCAAACAGUUUCCGAACGUCGGAAGGAAUAGAAAAGGGUGACCAUUUUGAGCAGCUCUUUUUCCUGUGGUGCCUUGCAAAUGUCCAAAACUUGAACUUAGUUCAAGAGCCUGU